AUGUGCGAGCGCGUGGUGCAGGUGCCGCGCAGCUUCCCGUGUCCGCAGCAGCAGCAGCAGCAGCAGCAGCAGCAGCAGCAGCAGCAGGUGUGUCGCGGGGAAGCAGCAGAAGCCCCCGCCACUUGCUUCCGCAAAGUCCUCAAGGAAGAGACUUAUCCUUGUCAGCAGCAGCAGCAGCAGCGGCAGUGCCGCAUGGUCACAGUGCAGGUGCGCAGCAGCUGCAGCAGACCCGUGCUGCAGCAGCAGCAGCAGCACUGCCUCAAGACACGCGAGCAGCAGCAGUGUCUCCUCGUGUCUUUGCCUGUCCCCUCCCGCUGCCGCAGACCCACGGAGCAGCAGCAGCAAUACAAAUGCUUCAAAACUGUUUACAAACGAAAGUGCAGCAAACGAAAAGUCAAAGUCCCUGUCCCCUGCAGCAGCAGCAGCAGCAGCAGCAGCAGCAAACAUGUCCCACCCCACAAGCACCUCCACCAGCCCAUUCUGGGGCCCCCCCUUGACGAGGGGCCCCUAGAGGGGCCCCUGGAGGGGCCCCUUGAGGGGCCCCUGGAGGGGCCCCUAGAGGGGCCCCUAGUGGGGGCCCCCCUGCCCCUAGAGGGGCCCCUAGAGGGGCCCCUUGAGGGGCCCCUAGAGGGGCCCCUUGAGGGGCCCCUGGAUGGGGGGCCCCUGGAUGGGGGGCCCCUGGAUGGGGGGCCCCUGGAUGAGGGGCCCCUUGAGGGGCCCCUGGAUGAGGGGCCCCUGGAUGAGGGGCCCCUGGAUGAGGGGCCCCUGGAUGGGGGCCUCAUAGAGGAACACCUCCUAGGGGGGCCCCUGGAUGAGGGGCCCCUGGAUGAGGGGCCCCUGGAUGGGGGGCCCCUAGAUGGGGGGCCCCCCCUGGCCAGCCCCACAGGAUUUCACUCCAGGGGCCCCCAGGGGGCCUAUGGGGGCCCCCGCAUGCAGGGGGGCCCCCGCAUGCAGGGGGCCCCCCGCAUGCAGGGGGGGCCCCCCAUGCAGGGGGGCCCCCGCAUGCAAGGGGGCCCCCGCAUGCAAAGGGGCCCUCAAGGCGCCUUUGGGGGCCAACUUGGGGGGGCCCCCCCCAUGCAGGGGGGCCCCCGCAUGCAGGGGGGCCCCCGCAUGCAGGGGGGCCCCCGCAUGCAAGGGGGCCCCAUGUAUGAAGAAUAUGACAUGGAUGAGGAAGAAAUGGGUCUUGACAUGGGGGCCCUAAUGGGGGGCCCCCCUGGGGGCCCCCAGGGGGGCCCCCAGGGGGGCCCCCCCCUGGCCCGUUUGGGGGCCCCCGGGGGUCAGCGGGCUGUGGGGGCUUGGCAGGGAGAAGGGGGGAGGCCCUCGUUUGCUGCUGCAGCAGCAGCAGCAGCAGCAGCAGCGCCGGGCCAGUCGUUCAGCGCGGCUGCGGGCGCAGCAGCAGCAGCAGCAGCAGCAGCAGCAGCAGCAGCAGGAGGAGGGUACUACUAUGCAGAAGACUUUGAAGAAGCUGAGCGGCGGCUGGGGGUCAAAAAGAAAAGGAAAAGGGGGGGCCCCCGGGGGCCCCCCGAGGGGCCCCCCGUAGUUGCUGUGGUGGAGUCCGUGCGGGGUGUAUGUACAGUGCAGGUGGCAGCAGCAGAGCGCUACCCCUGCAUGCAGCAGCAGCAGCAGCGGCAGUGCCGCAACGUGAAAGUUGCUGUUGCUGCUACCUGCAGCAGGAAGGUGCAGCAGCAGCAGCCGUACCCCUGCGUGCAGCAGCAGCGCGUGCGCCGCUGCGAGCUGCUGCAGCAGCAGCCGCCGCAGCAGCAAAUCUGCACCGAGCUGCUGCAGCAGCAGCAGCAGUACCCCUGCACCAAGCCAGUCAAGGCCGUGCAGUCCCCCGGGCCCCACAGCCCUGCAGCAAACACACUUGUGCAGUUCACAAAAAGCACAAAGGCAAGCACUGAGCAGCAGCAGCAGCAGCAGCAGCAGCAGCAGCAGCAGCUGCUGCUGCGCAGAAGCAGCAGCGGCGGCAGCACAAGCAGCGGCAGCAGCAGCGGCGGCAGCAGAAGCAGCAGCAACGGCAGCACAAGCAGCAGCAGCAGGUGCGGAAGCUGCUGCUGCUGCUGCUGCUGCAGCGGCAGCAGCAGCAGUAGCAGCAGCAAAAGUGAACGAUGCUUGCUGCUGGUGCAGCUGCGGCUGCUGCUGGUGCAGCAGCAGCGGCAGCGCCGGGGGGAGAGGCUGGCUGCGCAGGGGAAGAACGCGACGCAGGCAAAAACAGCAGCAGCAGCAGCAGCAGCAGAAACAGCAGCAGCAGCAGAAACAGCAGCAGCAACAGCAGCAGCAGCAGAAACAGCAGCAGCAGCAGCAACAGCAGCAGCAACACUUGAAAGUUCUAUUAUUUGUAUGUCUGCAGCCAAUACUGCUGAGUUGCCAUUUGCAGCACUUCGCAUUUUCCAGGCAAGAGCCUGUCACAGCUUGCUGCUGCAGCAGCAACAGAAGCAGCAGCAGCAGCAGCAGCAGCAGCAGCAGCAGCAGAUUGCUGGCUGCUGCAGACGCAGUUGCUGCAGGCGUCUUUGCACGCAGACUGAACGUUAUAUUCUAAACGCCCCAAACCCUAAACCCUAA